AUGGAUCAGAAUGAAGACAGCGGUAACCAUCAUCAAGCACAGCUUGAGUUCAUCGAUGAGCUCUUGCGUACCCGAUUUCAGGUCUCAGUGGGUAGAACAAACAUCAAGCCCGUUCAAGAUAGCCGCAAAACAUUCCCUGGGCCGGAAGUCUUGACCUACCAAAUCAGCCUCGACACACCCAUAACUACUACCAACGAUGGCACCAACCAAAUCAACUCCCUUCAGCCAGGCUGUGUUGCUAUCCCUAAGGGCACCGAGGUAUUUGUGGUGCGCCUCAUAAAGCUAGGCGGCAAGAGAAUCCGCGUCAAACAGAACAACAGCAUUGUCGAAAAUGAAGUAGCAAUAAUGUCCCUUGCUUCCGCCGCGCUCCAAAAGUCUGCACCAAACAUCGUACCACGGGUGUACGCCUGGGGGAGCGCCGAUGUCAAGACAGACCAACCAGAAUCAAGUUCCCAGGGCUGGAUAUUGCUGGAGUCAAUAUCUGGUCGCCGAUUAGCAGACGUGUAUGAUGAUAUGGGCCCCGGCCAAAAGAGGAGUCUCUUCACCCAGGUUUCUGUAUUGCUUAAGUCGUUUCAAACUUUCACAUUGCCCGCAGGCAUCACCAGAUUCGGGCAGGUGACGUAUGAGGACGAUGGGCAGAUAGUCAGUAAGGAAACCGGUUCUUGGCCGUCGUACGAAGCCUACUUCCGGGGACGCCUUGAGGCAGCGCUACGGGAAGCAGAUCACGACGAGCACAUCAAGGGCUGGGUGGACGAUGGUCUGAGAGAGAGGUUGGGAAACUUUGUCACCCAGGGUUUGUCGGCACACUUCGAAGAAUUGGGCUCCAAGGAGGAGAAAGUCGUGACUCACGCUGUAAUCAACCCAGACAACAUCCUCUUCGAUCCAGAGUCAGGGCAAAUCAUAGGCCUCACAGGCUACGAAUCGGCCUGCAUUCUACACCCGUCAUACGAGUUUUUUCGCAUCCUCAGCGGUUUGAGUGACCAUGAUGUUGCUGAUGAAAGGGAGGGCGGUAACGCAACUGGCGCCAGUGCUACGACAGAGGACUCGAGGGCAUUUCGAGAUGUUCUACGGGCAGCCGAUAUAAAACAUCCUCAAAGCAUUGAGGGCUUUGGAAAGGUUGCAAAAGUCGAUGCCGUGCUGCAAGCAAUCCGCCCACUGAGUCUCGUCGAUACCAAAACAUUGGAACUGCAGACGCGGGAAGCCAUCAUGCAAUCCCGAGAUGAGAAGAAGAAAAGUUUGAGCAAACUGCUCGAUCGGCUAGGUUAUUAA